ACAAGCUCCCGGUGUGUGGAGGCACCGAGCAGCCGGGACCCCGGUGACAAUGCCGGGCUCGCUGUCUCUCUCGGACCGACAGCCUCCUCCGGGUCACGGGCGACACGCCGCCGCCGCCGCGGCCGGUGAGACGAUGAUGAUGUCCGGCUCAGGUUCAGUGCUCUUCCCGGCAGGGAUUAUCAAUCCGUCGGUUCCAAUCCGGAAUAUCAAGAUGAAAUUUGCGGUCCUUGUCGGACUGAUCCAGGUUGGAGAGGUUUCCAACCGGGACAUCGUGGAAACGGUGCUGAAUUUGCUGGUGGGCGGCGAGUUUGACCUGAAAAACUUCAUCAUCCAGGAUGCGGAGAGCAUCGGCUGCAUGGCGGAGCUGCUGGAGAGCUGCGACGUCACCUGCCAGGCGGAGAUCUGGAGCAUGUUCACCGCCAUCCCGAAGAGCGUCCGAAACGUGCAGACCAGCACCGAGGUGGGGCUCAUCCAGCAGGUGCUGCUCAAGAUGAGCUCCAUGGACGACAUGAUCGCAGACCUGCUGGUGGACAUGCUGGGAGUGCUGGCCAGCUACAGCAUCACGGUGAAGGAGCUGAAGCUGCUCUUCAGCAUGCUGCGAGGGGAAGGAGGCGUCUGGCCCAAGCAUGCAGUCAAAAUGUUGUCGGUGCUGAAUCAGAUGCCCCAGAGACACGGUCCAGAUGCCUUCUUCAACUUCCCCGGUCGCAGCGCCGCAGCAAUUGCUUUACCUCCUAUUGCUAAGUGGCCUUAUCAGAAUGGGUUUACAUUCAACACCUGGUUCAGAAUGGAUCCCCUGAAUAACAUCAAUGUUGACAAGGACAAGCCGUAUCUGUACUGCUUUCGCACCAGUAAGGGCAUCGGCUACUCGGCACACUUUGUGGGGAACUGUCUGAUUGUGACCUCGCUCAUCAAAGGGAAAGGUUUCCAGCACUGUGUGAAGUACGACUUUCAGCCCAGGAAGUGGUACAUGAUCAGCAUCGUUCACAUCUACAGCCGCUGGAGGAACAGCGAGAUCAGAUGCUACGUCAACGGACAGCUGGUGUCUUAUGGCGACAUGGCGUGGCACGUCAACACGAACGACAGUUAUGAUAAGUGCUUCCUCGGGUCCUCCGAGACUGCGGAUGCAAACAGAGUCUUCUGCGGGCAGCUCGGAGCCGUCUACGUGUUCAGUGAAGCCCUCAAUCCCGCACAGAUAUUUGCAAUUCAUCAGCUGGGAGCGGGCUAUAAGAGCACCUUCAAGUUCAAAUCAGAGAGUGACAUCCACUUAGCGGAGCACCACAAACAGGUUUUAUACGACGGUAAACUGGCCAGCUCCAUCGCCUUCACGUAUAACGCCAAGGCCACGGACGCCCAGCUCUGCCUGGAGUCUUCGCCUCGGGAGAACGCCUCCAUCUUCGUGCACUCGCCACACGCCCUCAUGCUCCAGGAUGUGAAGGCCACAGUGACUCACUCCAUCCACAGCGCCAUCCACUCCAUCGGAGGGAUCCAGGUGCUCUUUCCCCUCUUUGCCCAGCUGGAUUAUCAUCAGCUGAAUGACUGUCAGGUGGAAACUACGGUCUGCGCCACUCUUCUGGCCUUCCUGGUGGAGCUGCUGAAGAGCUCAGUGGCCAUGCAGGAGCAGAUGCUGGGAGGGAAAGGCUUCCUGGUGAUUGGAUACCUGCUGGAGAAGUCGUCCCGAGCGCACAUCACCAGGGCGGUUUUAGAGCAGUUCCUGUCCUUUGCGAAGUAUCUGGACGGCCUGGCGCACGGCGCUCCGCUGCUGAAGCAGCUGUGCGACCACAUCCUGUUCAACGCCGCCAUCUGGAUCCACACCCCUGCCAAGGUUCAGCUCUCUCUGUAUACUUACCUCUCCGCUGAGUUCAUCGGCACGGCGACCAUCUACAACACGAUCCGGCGAGUGGGGACGGUGCUUCAGCUCAUGCAUUCCCUGAAGUAUUACUACUGGGCCGUCAAUCCCGCAGAGAGCAGCAGCAUCGCUCCGAAGGGCCUCGAUGGUCCGAGGCCAACCCAGAAAGAAAUCAUUUCUCUGCGGGCAUUCAUGCUUCUCUUCCUCAAGCAGCUCAUCCUGAAGGACCGCGGCGUGAAGGAGGAUGAACUGCAGAGCGUCCUCAACUAUUUGCUAACAAUGCACGAGGAUGAGAAUCUCCACGAUGUGCUGCAGCUGGUGGUCGCUCUCAUGUCUGAGCAUCCGGCCUCCAUGAUCCCGGCGUUUGACCAGAGAAAUGGGAUACGUGUGAUCUACAAACUCAUGUCUUCCAAGAGUGAAAACAUUCGAGUUCAGUCCCUGAAGGUCCUCGGGUACUUCCUCAAGCAUUUAGGCCACAAGAGGAAGGUGGAGAUCAUGCACACACACAGCCUCUUCACUCUCCUGGGAGAGCGGCUCAUGAUGCACACAAACACUUUGACUGUGACGACCUACAACACUCUUUACGAGAUCCUGACGGAGCAGGUGUGCACACAGGUGGUUCACAAACCUCACCCGGAGCCCGACUCCACCGUCAAGAUUCAAAAUCCCAUGAUUCUCAAGGUGGUAGCGACUCUGCUGAAGAACUCCAGCGCCAGCGCUGAGCUGAUGGAGGUGCGGCGGCUCUUCCUUUCAGACAUGAUCAAGCUGUUCACCAAUAGCCGAGAGAACAGACGGUGUCUGCUGCAGUGCUCCGUGUGGCAGGACUGGAUGUUUUCUCUGGGAUACAUCAACCCGAAAAACUCCGAGGAACAGAAAAUCAGCGAGAUGGUGUACAACAUCUUUCGCAUUCUGCUGUACCACGCCAUCAAAUACGAAUGGGGUGGAUGGCGCGUGUGGGUGGACACCCUCUCCAUAGCCCACUCCAAGGUGACGUAUGAGGCGCACAAAGAGUACUUGGCCAAGAUGUAUGAAGAGUACCAGCGCCAGGAGGAGGAGAACAUUAAGAAGGGGAAGAAGGGUUUAGUCAGUACCAUCUCAGGCUUGUCCGCUCAGGCCUCGGGCAUCACGGGGGUGAUAGAGAUCCGAGACGUGGACGAUCACUCCCAGACGCCCGAGAGUGAGACGGAGUACGAGAGUGGCGACUCCCGUAACCUGCUGGCUGAAGGAAAGGGACCCGAGGAGUGCUUCAAAGGAGCGGAGGCUGCAGUGGACGGCGUCAGGGUCGAGGUUCACGACCUGCUGGUGGACAUCAAGGCGGAGAAGGUGGAGGCCACAGAGGUCAAGCUGGAUGAUUUGGAGCUGUCGUCAGAGACUCUGGGGGUGUCUGAGAACGGCGCGCUGGUGGAGGUGGACUCUCUGCUGGAUAACGUGUACUGCGCUGCCGUGGAACAGCUCAACAACGGCGUCAGCAGUGUGCUGCUGCCGAAGGGGAACAUGGCGGAGCAGAACGCGGCUCCUCUCAUCACGCUGGAUGACGACAAGGACGGCAUCCCUCACAGCAACAGCUUCCUGUUUGGCAAGGCGGCGGCGGCGGCGGGCUGCGUGGAUGACAAGCUGCUGCCCGACCUGAGUCCGGCUGAGCCGCUGGUCCUUCCGGGACCCGAGCCGCCGGGCAAUAACCUGGGCCUCCUGGCUCACAUGACGGGCAGCUCCUUACCCUGCAUCCUGGAGAAAGACGAGUUCGAGCUGCAGACGGCUCUGGAGGGCAUCAGCUCAGUGGCUGCCACGAAAAGCCCAGAAGCCCCUGAAGGCACCACCGCGGGAGAACCUGAAGGAGAAACCUCGACUGGUCGGACCGGAGGAGCGCCCGAUGCGACGUGCAGCGCCUCUGACGCGGAGAGGGCCGAAGAUGUCCGAGACAAGGAGUUGAAGAAGAUUCAGACUACAGCCACGACACAGAGUCUGCAUGGCCGCUUAGUCACUCAGAUGGAGAAGGACAUCCGUGUGGACCUCGGCUUUCGGGCGACCCCAAUGACAGAGGAGCAGCGGCGGCAGUUCAGCCCCGGGCCGCGCACCACCAUGUUCCGUAUCCCAGAGUUCAAAUGGUCAGCCAUGCACCAGAGGCUUCUCACUGACCUGCUGUUUGCUCUGGAGAGUGACGUGCACGUCUGGAGGAGCCACUCCAGCAAGUCUGUCAUGGACUUCGUUAAUAGUAAUGAGAACAUCAUUUUUGUCCACAACACCAUCCAUCUCAUCUCUCAAAUGGUGGACAACAUCAUUAUCGCCUGUGGGGGGAUUCUGCCCCUUCUCUCAGCAGCCACCUCUCCAUCUAGUGCAAAGAUGGAGCUGGAGAACAUUGAGGCAACGCAGGGCAUGUCCUCGGAGACCGCCAUCACUUUCCUGUCGCGCCUCAUGGUCAUGGUCGAUGUGUUGGUCUUCUCAAGUUCGCUCAACUUCAGUGAGAUCGAGGCCGAGAAGAAUAUGUCCUCCGGCGGACUGAUGCGUCAGUGCCUGCGACUCGUGUGUUGUGUGGCUGUUAGGAACUGUCUGGAGUGCAGGCACAGAAGCAUAGAGCGGGGAAUUUCUUCUUCCAUCCUCAACAACAACAAGACUCAGGAAAUCCUGCAAAAUGCUUUGACCUCCAGUAAGACAGCCAUAGAGACUGUCCCUUGUAACCUGUCUCCCAUCAAGGACCCUGAUCGCCUCCUGCAGGACGUGGAUAUUAAUCGACUCCGCGCCGUGGUGUUUCGUGAUGUGGAUGACAGUAAGCAGGCCCAGUUCCUGGCGUUAGCUGUGGUCUACUUCAUCUCGGUCCUCAUGGUCUCCAAAUACCGGGACAUCCUGGAGCCGCAGCGUGAAACGGCACGGAAGAGCAGCCAGUCGGGCCGCAGCAUGCGGCAGGAGAUCAACUCGCCGACCAGCACAGGUGCCGACGCCCGCGCUCUGCCUUCCUCUCUUCACUUUAUCAUGGCUGGAGGUGACCGUGUCGGAAUUCUCCCUCCUUCCUCUCCUGAUGUGAGCCCGUUCGAAAUACCCUUAGUAUUCGAAAACAGUAAAGACCACCUUGUGCCGUCGGAAGACCUCCACAUGGAAAGUUCCCUGCCGCACACAGACUCCGGCAUCGGGGAGGAUCAAGUCGCCGGCAUCCUGAAUGGGUCUGACCUGAACCACAACCCGGGGGGUCACGUCAACGAGCUGAUAUCUACACUGUCCUCAGAGGUCAAGAGGUCACAGGAGAGUUUGUCCGAGUCCCCCAAUGCAGAGGGGUUGAAGUCGGCCUCCUCCAUCGCCAGCAUCAGCCAGUCCAACAAGGGCAUCAACGUCAAAGAGAUCCUGAAGAGCUUGGUCGCAGCACCGGUGGAAGGCGUGGAUGCUGGACUGGAGCCGGUUUCCUACCCAGACCCUGCAGCCAAGGCUCAGGCCCAGGCGGUGCUGCCCAUGCAGUUCCACUCCUUUGACAGGAGUGUUGUGGUGCCCGUGAAGAAAACGUCCCCCGGCAGCCUGGCGGUGAACACGCUGGGGGGCAGCAGCUCGUCGGCCGCCGUGACCUCGGGCAGCACGCCCAACAUCUUCGCCUCUGCCUCUGCGACCCCCAAAAGCAUGAUCAACACCACCGGAGCCACUGAGGUGGCCGCUUCCGCCUCUUCGUCCUCCAGCUUCGUCAACGGAGCGACCAGUAAAAACCUCCCGGCGGUGCAGACGGUGGCUCCCAUGCCUGAGGACACAGUAGAAAACAUGAGCAUUACAACCAAACUGGAGAGGGCUUUGGAGAAGGUGGCGCCCCUGCUGAGAGAGAUAUUCGUGGACUUUGCUCCCUUCCUGUCGCGCACCCUGCUGGGCAGCCACGGUCAGGAGCUGCUCAUCGAAGGUCUCGUGUGCAUGAAGUCCAGCACCUCGGUGGUGGAGCUGGUCAUGCUGCUUUGUUCUCAGGAGUGGCAGAACUCCAUUCAGAAGAAUGCAGGCUUGGCUUUCAUCGAACUCAUCAACGAGGGAAGGUUACUCUGCCACGCCAUGAAGGACCACAUCGUCCGGGUUGCCAAUGAGGCCGAAUUCAUCCUGAACAGACAGCGAGCGGAGGACGUGCACAAGCACGCAGAGUUCGAGUCCAACUGCACCCAAUACGCCGCUGACAGAAAAGACGAAGAGAAGAUGUGCGACCACCUGAUCAGCGCCGCCAAGCACCGAGACCACGUGACGGCGAACCAGCUAAAGCAGAAGAUCGUCAACAUCCUCACCAACAAGCACGGCGCCUGGGGGACGGUGGCCCAGAGUCAGUAUCAUGACUUUUGGCGCCUCGAUUACUGGGAAGACGACCUGCGGCGACGGCGGAGAUUUGUCCGAAAUCCGUUCGGCUCCACCCACUUAGAUGUCACGUGCAAGUCGCUGCAGGAGUACGGCUCGGAGGAGGACAAGGUGGUCAAGACGAAGAUGGUGUUCCGCAGCCCGACGGUGGCCAGCCAGGCCGCAGAGACGGAGCUGAUCCUGGAUGCAGACGACGACACCGUCAGCCUGCUGCAGGAGAAGGAGAUGGACAACCUGGGUGGCCCAGUGGUCCUGAGCAGCCCGGCCCAGCUCGUUGCCCCCGUCCUCGUGGCCCGGGGGACUCUGUCCAUCACCACCACUGAAAUCUACUUUGAGGUGGAUGAGGAUGACCCUGCCUUCAAAAGGGUCGACUCAAAGGUCCUAGCGUACACCGAGGGUUUACACGGGAAGUGGAUGUUCAGUGAGAUCCGUGCAGUCUUCACCAGACGGUACCUCCUCCAGAACACUGCAAUGGAGGUGUUCAUGGCAAACAGGACUUCAGUUAUGUUCAACUUUCCGGACCAGGCCACAGUAAAGAAGGUGGUCUACAGUCUCCCCAGGGUGGGAGUGGGGACCAGCUAUGGGCUCCCUCAGGCCAGGCGCAUCUCCCUGGCCACCCCUCGGCAGCUUUUUAAAUCCUCCAACAUGACCCAGCGCUGGCAGAGGAGAGAAAUCUCCAACUUUGAGUACCUCAUGUUUCUCAACACUAUAGCAGGGAGGACGUACAACGACCUGAACCAGUACCCGGUCUUUCCCUGGGUCCUGACCAACUACGACUCCGAGGAGCUGGACCUGACCCUGCCAGGGAACUUCAGGGAUCUGUCGAAGCCUGUCGGAGCAUUGAAUCCGAAGCGAGCCGCGUUCUACGCCGAGCGCUACGAGACGUGGGAGGAUGACCAGACCCCUCCUUGUCAUUACAACUCCCACUACUCCACCGCUGCCAACACCCUGCACUGGCUUGUCAGAAUAGAGCCCUUCACCACCUUCUUCCUCAGUGCCAAUGACAAUAAAUUCGACCACCCUGACCGCACGUUUUCGGCCAUCGCCCGCUCCUGGAGGAACUGUCAGAGGGACACAUCGGACGUAAAGGAACUGAUUCCGGAGUUCUACUACCUGCCCGAGAUGUUCGUCAACAGUAACGACUACCACCUCGGGAUGCGGGAGGACCGGACCAUGGUGUGUGACGUGGACCUGCCGGCCUGGGCCAAAAAACCCGAGGACCUCGUGAGGAUAAACAGGAUGGCUCUGGAAAGCGAGUUUGUGUCAUGUCAGCUGCAUCAGUGGAUUGACCUUAUUUUCGGCUACAAGCAGCGAGGCCCGGAGGCGGUGCGCGCCCUCAACGUCUUUCACUACCUGAGUUACGAGGGCUCCGUCAACCUGGACAGUAUCACUGACCCUCUGCUCAGAGAGGCCACAGAGGCACAGAUCCAGAGCUUUGGACAGACGCCAUCUCAGUUGCUUAUUGAGCCACAUCCUCCACGCAGCUCCGCCAUGCACCUGUGUUUCCUUCCACAGAGUCCGCUGAUGUUCAAGGACCAGAUGCAGCAGGACGUCAUCAUGGUGCUGAAGUUUCCCUCCAACUCACCUGUGACUCACGUGGCGGCCAACACGCUGCCCCACCUCACCAUCCCCGCCGUGGUGACUGUCACCUGCAGCCGCCUCUUCGCCGUCAACCGGUGGCACAACACCGUCGGUCUCCGCGGUGCUCCAGGCUACUCUCUGGAACAGGCUCAUCACCUGCCCAUAGAGAUGGAUUCACUGGUUGCCAAUAAUACUGGAAGCAACAAGCGUCAGAUCACAGACCUAGUGGACCAAAGCAUCCAAAUCACCACACACUGUUUUGUGGUGACAGCUGACAACCGCUACAUCCUGGUGUGUGGCUUCUGGGACAAGAGCUUCCGUGUGUACUCCUCUGAGACAGGCAAGCUGACCCAGAUCGUCUUCGGCCACUGGGACGUGGUGACGUGUCUGGCCCGGUCCGAGUCGUACAUCGGGGGAGACUGUUACAUCGUGUCCGGGUCCCGAGACGCCACUCUGCUGCUGUGGUACUGGAGCGGGAGGCACCAUAUUAUUGGAGACAACCCCAAUAACAGUGACUAUCCGGCACCACGGGCUGUUCUGACCGGUCACGACCAGGAAGUGGUGUGUGUGUCAGUCUGUGCAGAGCUGGGUUUAGUCAUCAGUGGAGCAAAAGAGGGUCCGUGUCUGGUCCACACCAUCACAGGCGACCUGCUGCGCGCCCUGGAGGGCCCGGACCACUACGUGUGUCCCCGCCUCAUCACCGUGUCCAGCGAGGGCCACUGCAUCAUCUACUACGAGCGGGGCCGCUUCUGCAACUUCAGCAUCAACGGGAAGCUGCUGGCACACAUGGAGGUCAACGACUCCACCAGGACGAUCCUCCUGAGCAGCGAUGGCCACAACCUGGUGACGGGCGGCGACAACGGCGUGGUGGAGGUGUACCAGGCCUGCGACUUCAAACAGCUCUACAUCUACCCCGGCUGCGACGCCGGCGUCCGAGCCAUGGACCUGUCGCACGAUCAGAGGACCUUGAUCACUGGCAUGGCCUCUGGAAGCAUCGUGGCAUUUAAUAUAGACUUUAACCGCUGGCACUUCGAGCAUCAGAACCGGUACUGACCCGACGUGCCGCGCUGUCAGAAGGACGGUGUGGAGG